AUGGACUCCCCCGCGGUUAGUUUUCCCGCACCCCGUCACACGUGCAUCCGUCUCAGGCGGUUGGACAACUGCGAGACCUUCGAGUACCGGGGUGUUUCUGCCGUGAACUUGGCGUUUCUUGACAUACAGCAGCGUUCCGACGAUAUUCAGGGACUCGUCGCACGGCCGCUGCCGCUGCCUGCUUUAGCCAUCAUAGACGCCAUGCUACCGGAAUACCUGCCUGCGCUCGAGGAGCUCGAGCUUCGCGUCGACAUCCCCGAAGACGAUCCCGAUACGGCGCAGACGAUCCACACUCUCAACUUGAACCUUCCUCCCUCUCGGCUCCCCAACCUUUCGAAUCUUGUUCUACUGAACUCUGCCGCACAUCUCAGCGCCCCCAUCGCUUCCCACUUGUAUCGCCUCCGGAUGAUCAACCCACCUGGCUGCACAAACACGCUCCCCUUGUUGCCCUUCGUUCACUGCCUACAUUAUAUCGACCAGUUGGCAGACCUUGUAGUGCGCAAUUGUUUCUCCCCUGCGUCCGCGGAGGACCCCGUGGGUUGUCCACCCGUCAUGGGUCGCUUACAGUGGGUCACGAUCGAGGAUUACCCUGUCAACGUCUCGCAUAUGCUUGGGGCGUUUAUCCUCCAGUCGAACACGGACACCAACCUCAUAGCCAACCUCCGAGGCGCACCAAUCGAGCAAGUCCAGGCCGCCUUCACGACCAUGCUUCCGCGGGACCGGAACUGCCUGCCGGUCCUCCAGAAGAUUACUGACUUGUCCGUGCGUUGUUCGUCGGAUUAUGCUCAGAUCCUCGGCAAAGUGGCGUGGAACCCUGGUUAUCUGUUUCUCGAGGUCAUCACGGACGUCUCCGACCCACCUACAGAGGCCGACAAGAGGGAUAUGGGCGACCUCUACGAGUCGAUGGUCCGCGGUCUCGGAGACCUUUUCCCAGGCGCCCCAGUCGAGGAACUCGACUUCUGCGGAGACAACGACUACAUCCCGCGAGCGACAUGGGCUGCCGCCUUGGACCGUUUCCCCCAGGUACGCAAGUUGGAGAUCGACAUGUACGACAUCGCGGCCCGCGGCCCUCUAAAGGAAUUAUUCGCGGCCCUCAUAAGACCUUGCUGGCGACCCCAGGACCAACUGCCGUGCCAGCGGCUGGACGACCUCACGUUGUACGGCACCGCGGGCAUCGCGCCGGCAACGGAGCUAUGGGAGGCGCUGAAGCGGUGCUUCGGGGAGCGCAAGGAACGCCUCGGGAAGACAUAUGUGGCCCUUCGCAGGCUCUGGGUCAACCUGUACGGUGGCGAGCUCAUAUCGAACGAAGAGGCGGCGUUUUGCAAAUCGGAUAUGUUCUACGGGCUAGCAAACGAGCGCACCAUCGUUCAGGUCUACACAGAGACGCACGACAUCGAUGAUCUUAUCAUUAUAUGGGACCCUUUUAUUACGCAUGAAUUUUGUAGCAUCCAGUAG